AUGAUGGUCUUUAAAGUCAAGUAAGUUCUGGCUGAGAAAGCACUGCUGCCUACAUGUGGAAUGGACAUGGAGCCCCCUACUGUAACCAGGUGGAAUUUCAUGAAUGUUCCAUAAAUGGCCUUAGGGCUGCUCAGAACUGGAGACUUGGGUGGUAUCUCCAGACAUCCUUUUUAUUAUACAUUCAUGAUUACUUGUUCUCAUGAUGGCAUUUCUACAAGCCAUCCUUAUGUUCCUAUAACAAUAAUCUAGGAACUUCCAUCACUUUGGAACUAACCUAAGUUUUACUGCCUGUGUUUUCUGAAUGCUAGGUUAUGCAAAAGCACAUGAAUCUGAUCUUUGGAGAGUUUGUAAAUAAACCAUUUUUAGCUUACCAAAUGUGUGGUCAUUUUCUACUCUAGGGGGAGUGAGAAAUUUUGGAAGGGACUUAGAAGGACAUGUUUUAAAGGUCUAACAGCCUAUAUUUCCAUGCUUUGCUUUGCUGCAUGUUUUGUGGUUUUAAAUCUCUGCUGGGGUUCUCCCACCAAAAAGCACUUGCCCCAAACCUGGAUCCUGGCAUCCAGGAAAUUCUCCUUUUUAGAACUAAUUCUUCUUUGCCAACCAACAGACCAGUGGUGGAGCAUAAUCUAAAGGUGCUCUGGGUGGGCGCCUGGGGCACACCCCCAACAGAGGUGAGACCUGUUGUGGCCAGGUGCCUCACACAAUGCAGUCUCCCUCCACCCCUCGGUCAGGCUUGACCUGGAAGUGGAGCUGCGGCUGGUGGCGUUGGGUCACACAAGGAAGCUGUCUCUACAGCCCCCGCACAUGCCAGAGUUAGGCUCCAAUGAGGGAGCCUGCUGUGGGGGCGCCUGGUUGUGCCCCCUAAAAGAAAUGUGCCUGAGGCCACAGCACCCACAGCACCUCCACGCUGCGCUGUUGCAACAGACCACACAACAGGUCAGAUCAUUUGCCUGCCUAGUUUAGUGAUGGCUACAUUGACUGCCAGGGGCUCGCCAGGAUCUUUUCCAAUACCCAUUAACUGGUGAUCCACCCUGAAGUGAGCUGUCCUAGUUAGCUGCUUAUGACCCAUUUGUACAUUUGGUGGGAUCAUGAAAUAUACUUGGAGUCGAGAGUGAAUUUCAUGCUCUUUAUUCAGCUCAUAGUAGCAAUGAAUGAAACUUCAACCAAAAACGUCUAGCUAUAUAUACAUUAUUCACACAAUGGGCCCUGUGUGAUUGGCUAAUUCCGGGCUGCUCCUGUAGGCCAAUCAGGUUGUGGAUUCACCUCCUCCAGAAGCCUGAUUGGCUGCUGCUGCAAGCCAAUCAGAUCGCUGAUUCACUUCCACCUGGAGCUGGAUUGGGUGGCUCCUGCGGACCAAUCAGACUGCUGCAUUCUGGAUCCUAUUGAUCUAGGAUUCAGCUCAGUACAUAACAGAUCAACUGAUAAAGCUUUUCCUGGAUUCUACCACUUCAGGCUGCCAGUUUGAGGCUAUGUGUUGGAAUGACCCCAUUACAAAAUAAAACUUCUUAGGGAUAAGGAAAGGCUGAAUGUUUCUCCUCCAGCUGUGUGUAUGUGCGUGUGCGUAGUCCUUUUAGCAUUCAAAUAUGCGAUCCUCUACCUCAGUGGAGGUUGGCCUGUGCCUCUUUACCACAACUCCAGGGGUACAUCAUCAUCAUCAUCGUCAUAAAAAUAAUAAAAAAAUUAUUUAUAUCCUGCCCUCCCCAGUCGAAGCCGGGCUCAGAGUGGCUAACAAUAAAAGAAACACAGCAUUCUAAAAUCAAUUCAUUCUAAAAUCAGUUCAAAAUCAAAUUUAUGGCAACCAUUGGGCUAGAGUUCUGUGAGGAUUACCAAACGAGGGGGUCAGACUGUGCCUUGGCCAAAGGCCUGGUGGAACAGCUCUGUCUUGCAGGCCCUGCAGAAAGAUGUCAAGUCCCGCAGGGCCCUAGUCUCUUGUGACAGAGCGUUCCACCAGAUCGGGGCCACAACUGAAAAAAUAUGAUCAUGGAAUCUGGAUGGUCUCCCAUUCACACACGCAAAAAACCCAUCCAUAUCAGCCUUUCCCAAGGCUGGUGUUGGACUGCAACUUCCAUCAGCACCAGCCAUCAUGGUUCAGGGAUGGUGGGAAUUGUAGUCCAAUAACUUUUUGGGGCCCGAGGUUGGGAAAGUCUGGCUUAAAUUGUCUCUUGCCUCAAACACAAUGCUUUUCAACAUACAUGUGUACUGCCCACAACCACAUGCUUGAGUGUGUUGUUGCCUUACUGAAGCAAACAUGCCAUCUAGUGUCCAUGUGUUGCAAAACAGCUCAUUUAUCUGCACGAAUGCCAACACUGAUCUUUCCCUAACCGCCUUUGGAAAGGAGGAUGGUCCAUAACUUGUGCCUAGAAGUUAUCAGUUGCCCUCCUCUCCUAGGUUGCCAGUCCCCCACUCCCUCCCCUUCUAGACCAUUGUGGACAUGAGAGGAUAGGCCUAUCCCAGGCCAGCCCUACCAUUCAGCGAUGUGAGGUGGAUGGAAGGGCAGCCCAUUUUUAGUUACUUGAAUUUAUUAUUGUUAUAUUUUUUUACUGUCAUAGAGGGGCAGAGACACAUGUGCCUGGAACUUUCUGCCUUGGGGGCCAAAAUAAUCUGAGUGCUUUGUUAGAAUUGUGGGUGCCAUUUGCCCCAGGCAGCAAAAUAUCUUGUCUAUCAAUAGACAUUGGCCGUGGCAAGGCAAGCGGAGCCUCUAAUUAAGGCAGGUUAUUUCUUUCCGUGAUUUUUAUCCCGCCUUUCAGCAUACAAAUCCUUCCAAGACAGCUCACUAGAAACAUCAAACCACAUUAAAAUACACACACACAUAUGCACCAGAAUCCUUCCCACAAGACAGUUGGUGUGGGGAGAGAAGGGAAUAGUCUAGAUGGAACAUGUGCAAUUGAUGGGUGCUGAGGAGCAUUGCUUUUGCACUUUCCCUGUUGACUGUGUCAGCAUCUUUUGCCAUAGAUCAGGAAUCGGAAACCAGUGGACCUCUGGAUCUCAUUGUACUCCCGACUCCCAACAGCUUGUAUUGCCAGUGCUCAGGGCCAAGGGGUGCUGUAGUCCAUCAGUGUCUGCAAGGGCCACAGAUUAAGUAACUGGCUGACUGACCGAACCCAAAGGGUACUCAUCAAUGGUUCCUCUUCAUCCUGGAGAAGAGUGACUAGUGGGGUGCCACAGGGUUCUGUCUUGGGCCCGGUCUUAUUCAACAUCUUUAUCAACGACUUGGAUGAUGGACUCAAGGGCAUCCUGAUCAAAUUUGCAGAUGACACCAAACUGGGAGGGGUGGCUAACACCCCAGAGGACAGGAUCACACUUCAAAAUGACCUUGACAGAUUAGAGAACUGAGCCAAAACAAACAAGAUGAAUUUUAACAGGGAGAAAUGUAAAGUAUUGCACUUGGGCAAAAAACAUGAGAGGCACAAAUACAAGAUGGGUGACACCUGGCUUGAGAGCAGUACAUGUGAAAAGGAUCUAGGAGUCUUGGUUGACCACAAACUUGACAUGAGCCAACAGUGUGACGCGGCAGCUAAAAAAGCCAAUGCAAUUCUGGGCCUCAUCAAUAGGAAUAUAGCAUCUAGAUCAAGGGAAGUAAUAGUGCCACUGUAUUCUGCUCUGGUCAGACCUCACCUGGAGUACUGUGUCCAGUUCUGGGCACCACAGUUCAAGAAGGACACUGACAAACUGGAACGUGUCCAGAGGAGGGCAACCGAAAUGGUCAAAGGCCUGGAAAUGAUGCCUUAUGAGGAACGGCUAAGGGAGCUGGGCAUGUUUAGCCUGGAGAAAAGGAGGUUAAGGGGUGAUAUGAUAGCCAUGUUCAAAUAUAUAAAAGGAUGUCACACAGAGGAGGGAGAAAGGUUGUUUUCUGCUGCUCCAGAGAAGCGGACACGGAGCAAUGGAUCCAAACUACAAGAAAGAAGAUUCCACCUAAACAUUAGGAAGAACUUCCUGACAGUAAGAGCUGUUCGACAGUGAGAGUGUGGUGGAGUCUCCUUCUUUGGAGGUCUUUAAGCAGAGGCUUGACAACCAUAUGUCAGGAGUGCUCUGAUGGUGUUUCCUGCUUGGCAGGGGGUUGGACUCGAUGGCCCUUGUGGUCUCUUCCAACUCUAGGAUUCUAUGAUUCUAUGAUUCUAUGACAGAAGAAGAGCGCUGCUGGAUCAGGCCAAAGGUGCACCUACUCCAGCACCUGGUUCUCAAAGGGGCCAACCAGAGGCCUACAGCAGCUAUGAUCAGGACUGGGCAAGAUUAACACUUGCAGUGGUGCCAGCUUCAGGGGGCCUGGGCUGCCUGGGCACCCACAAUUUUUUUGCUGUGGGUGCCUGGCCUCUACCCCUCCCCUCCCCUGCCAGUCGCCACCUUACCUCUGCUACUCCAGCGCCAUGGGGGCGACUUAGAUGGAGCCUGCACCUACACGCCAUGGGCCUGCUGCGACCAGAGGCACAGGCUCCGGCCCAGUCACCACUGUGGCACCAGAGUGUGUGCACCCCACGCCAUGCUGUCACAACAUCACAUGGCGUCAUGAGGUCAUGCCACACAAUGUUACAAUGGCGCUGCAUGCGUGCUGGGCACCCACAGUCUGGGGUCCAAGUCGGCACUGCUGAACUGUGAUUCAGUUCUUCUAUCUGUGUCAUCUAUAAGAGCCUUGCUGCGUCAGAAUUUGGGUCAAUCUAGCAGGGCAGGCUCAAGACAUUUUGGCACCUGAAGCGAACCACAAAAUAGUGCCUUCCUUCUUGCUGAGGAAGAAGGGGUGAGUGAACAUCUGCAUCUGGAACAAGGGGGGUGGGGGAGAUCAACAUCAGGGACAAGGGUGGGAGGAGACCAGCAGCAUAUCCCAUUUAAUAAUAAUAAUAAUAACAACAAUAAUAAUAAUUUUUAUUUGUACCCCGCCUUCCCCAGCUGGAGCUGGCCUCAGAGCGGCUAACAUCAUAUAAAUAACACAGUAUACAUAAAAGCAGCCAUCAAUUAAUUAAAAUACAUCUUAAAAUUAAUUCAGACAAAUAAAAAUCUGGACAAAUGGCAGCUAUCAGGUUAAGAUUGAGAGCGGUUAAAACUUGCCAGGACCAACUGUUUUCACUGAUCAUAUAAGGACCUGUGAACAGGCUGGGAUAGUGCUAGUUGCAAGUCUGCAGAACUUCACAUACAUUAUCUCAGUAAUCCUCGGAGUAUCCCUCUAAGUAGAGUAGCAUUAUUAUUCCCAUGUUGAAAAUGGAUUUGUGGUCAUAAAAUACUAUUUUCAAAAAACUAUGUUAGGAAAAAAUGUGUUAGAAAUUUGCCAAGAGGUUGCUGGCGGGGGAGGCUGCCAAGGAGGCGGCAGAUCCAGCCUCUGGGAACCGCACCAAAGCUAUUGCUGCCACCACAGUAGCAGCAGCGUUGGAAGCGGGCAAUGCCUCCCUUGGAGGCUGGGUCUGUCACCACACCUUGUCUCCUGGGCGGGCCGGCCCUGUCAUUUGGCACGGGAUGCUCUGAACACCAGUGGCUUUGCAUGUGCUUGUGGAGUGGCUUACAAGCAGGGCAACACAGGAACAGCCCUGCCUUGCUCUUUGCCCCAGAAUCUGUAAUAAUAAGAACCACCACCAGAUGCUGUUAGGAGGAUGUUAGAGAGGCGAACAAUCUGCUUACAUGUGUCAACAAAUAACUGAGCCACAGGCUUCCAGGGUCAUUCACACGUAACAUUUUAAGAGGGUUCAGUCUGCAUACGCAGUAACUGAAUGUGCAAAUCACGGAGUGUACACACACGUGGCCCUGUGUAGAGACAUACUGUAGCUGUGCUCAAUACAAGGUGCCACGCGAACAAGCCUGUAUUCAGAGUGUUUCACGUGUAUGAUCUGGUCCUUUUGACAACCAUCCCGCAAGGUUAAUUAGAAUUGUUCUAUGAUAUCUCUGAAUUGCAGUUGGGGGGUGGGGGUGGGAGGGUAGCGCUGCAGCGCAGGGGGACUUAGUCCCUUCGUGUCAGACGCGAUCUUCCAAGAGAGGACUUCAGCUCCCUCUGCCAAGAGAUACACUGCCGCCGCACGUGGAGGCUCUGCCCGACACCCUGGACCGAUCGUAUGUCCUCUGAUGCUCCCUCCUUCUCAGGCAGUAGCGGCUCUGGAGUGACCACUCGUGUCCCCCUCCGGCGAUUUCCAGCCUCUCCGGAGAGACCACGGCGCCGGCCAGUUAUUUCCUUACAAGGCCGGGCCCGAGCGCUGCUUUAAGGGAGACGGGCGAGGAGGCGGGUGGAGGAGCCGGCGCGCCAGGCGUGGAGGCGGGAGGCGGGCCGCUCUGCGUGGCUGGCUGGCUCCGUGGGCCGGGAAGGGGCUGCCGGGCUCGGGCAUGGGCUGACUCCGCACGGCGCUCCCGCCUGGCUGCCAGCAGGUAGGAUGGAGGGCAGCCAUCCCGGGGGGGGGGGCAGGCUUGGCGGAGGGCAGGGCAGGGCGAAGCGGGGCUGGGGAGGGAGUGGGAUUGCGCGCGCGGGAGUGGGCUGGGGGGGCUGCUUGUGCGCGCGCGCGCAUCCCACUCCCGCCGCCCCCGCGAGGCGCACGCAGCGCCAGUCUGGGAAGCGCGCAGGACGCGGACGCCGAAGGAAUGCAAACGACGGCGGAUUGCGGCGGGAGAAGCGCGCGCGCUGCUGGUGGUUCUGGCAGCGGAGGAUCGGGCGCGGGAGUGAAAGGCGGAGAGGUAGGGCAGGGCGGCGGGAAGCCGCGCAGGGCUCGCGGGGGCAGGCGGGGGGUUGUGCGCACAGCCCUGCGGCUUGCCGGCAGGGCGCUCUCUCGCGGCGAGGCGGGAGCCCAGUCCGGGUCCUGCGGGUGGGGAGGGGGCGGUGGGGGUCCAGGAAGCCCCGGGCGGCGGGGCGGGUGCGCAAGGGACAGGGAUCUGCCUAGGUGGGCACAAGGAGAGCGCCAGCCAAGAAAGUUUUAUGCACCUAUGUAGGCAUCGGAUCUAACCUAGAAGUCUGGCUCUCGACGGGCAAAUGAUGGGCAUCUUAAAUUUGCUGCAGGCAGUCGAGGGAUAUCGAAUUUGUCGGGUCUGUUUUGGUCGGGUGAAGCUCCCCAAAUCGUUCUUCUUUGCUCUGUCCCCAAACAGGAGGAUCCACCAUUUGCUGAAUUGUUUGUGUGUCUGUGAAUAUGUAAGGUUUCACUGAGCUGUUUUUGUUGUUGCUGAACACAUGCGAGACUUGCCUGUUGUGCUUCUGUAGUAGAGCUCCUGCUAUGCUGUUUCUCUGCUUGCUGCACCAAGCUGGCUAGUCGUCCAAGCUUGUAUUAGUCCACCAACAGGUUCUUUUCUGUCUCCCCACCCCUCGUCUGAACCCUUUUUAUCCAUCCAUCAGUUUGUCCAGCCAUUUUCUGGAUUCUUUCAGCCCCCAUAUGCUCCCCUUCCCAUGGCAUGCUCAAGCGCUGCCUCCAUAAAAAUGCCUUUCCUCUUCAGCUAAUGCUUCAUCAUUUUCAGUCUUCAUCAAUAUUGUGUACCAACUCUCAUCCCUCCAUUCACAUCUAUGCACCACAUCCAGAUCCACCCUUUGCACACACUCCCCUCCCAUGCCUCCAUCCUUAUCCAUUCAUGCCUAUUUAUAUCACUUCAUAUCCAUCUAUGCAGCCUCAGGUCUGACUGCCACAAAAUGAGAUGGUACACAUGCACAUCCACAUUUCAGUUGCAUGCAAACACAUGUUAUUUACACCACAGAUUCAAGUGUACCUCCAAUGUACGUACAUGCAGAUUUUCAAAAUCUCGUGUACUGGCAUACAUACAUGCAAUCAUAUUCAUGCAGUGUUUGAUAAUGCUUCUGCAUCUCCCUUGUGUUGCAGUCUUCACAUACAGCCCCCCAGUGCUUUUUCCUGGGGGGCCGCAGGGGUACGCAUAGCCCUAAACAUUUUGUGAAUCUAAGUUUGGCCUCAUUGAGGGGCAGUAUUUCAAUAUGAGUAGGGAAAUGAGAGUACCUCCUAAACAUUUUUUUUAAAGAAAUAAAGCACUGCAGCCCCCAGUUCCACACACAUCAUUUGGGACUUCACACGCACGUUGCUAGCUCACUGUGAUCGUAAUAUGAUGCACGAUUUAUGCAAACAUUAUGCUUUCCACUCAAAUUUCCCAGUAUGUUGGCAACAUUCAUUGCAUGCCAAACAUCACACUCCCCCAGCAUAUACCUCCAUCAUUCAUUAAAAAAACAAGAGCAGUUGAAUACACAGUCAUCCCCCAUCACAAUCAGACACAUUGGUCCUCACAUGUAGAUCCAAUGCACAUUCAGUCCCAGACAGCUAUAUAACCAAGAUGUAACUGAGUGUUUUAUAACGACCACAAUACUCAGGUAAACAAGGGGAGAAUGUGGUAUAAUUAUGGACAGAAUAUCAGAUGGAGUGGAAAGACCUGCUGUUAAUCUCAAUGCCUUGCGCAAUUUAUUUUCAGCAUUUACUGAAAGUUAAUCCUCACAGGCUUGUUGUGCAGAUAAAAGGGGGUAACGAUCCCAGCUAUGCUGCCCUAAGAUCCUUGAAGGAAGAUACAAAUGUGACAGUUAAAUAAGAACAGUUUGCUAACACACACAUAUGGGCAGACACACCUGCCUCCUUAAACACCCUGGUUGGCAACGCAGUCCCUGAUUUAAACAUUCUCUUCUGUACACACACUUCAGCAUAAUUGGUGUGUAUGCACAUGGCACCUGAGGUAAUUCUGCCCCCCACAAUAUAUAUAUUGUGUGUGUGUGUGUGUAUGUGUGUGUAUAUAUAUAUAUAUAUAUAUAUAUAUAUAUAUAUAUAUAUGGUUUUAAUGAAAGGCACCCAUGAGGAUUUGGUGGCAGCAGCAGCAGAUUUUUAAAAUAAUAGUUCAGAAUACUCUGUCCAUUCUGGCUGGUGAUAGGUGAGGGGUUGUGGAGGGGUGAGGGACUUCUGUGCCACAAAGACCUCUGGCAGGGGGAGCAGUGGCCUGAGGUCUUUGUGCCACAGGCUACCUUGCAGGCCACCUCCACCCCCUCCCUGGUCAGCAUUAGGUUCUGUGAAUGAACCAGGAUACCCAUGGUUACGGGUGGAAGGCUAGCUUUGCCCCCCCCCCAAGUGUGACACUUCCCCUCACUUCUAUCAGUGGUAUACUUGGGGAUGUUGAGUGUUCCUUGCCUCUUAGUGACUCCAGCCAUGGAGGACUAAAGUAGAUGAAAUAGCAGCAGAUUUGUGAUCGCUACAGGCACUGCCCAAAUCCCAUCAGAUUUCCUUAUUGAAAAUGCCUUAAACUUAGAUUUCCUUAUUGAAAUUGCCAUAUCUGCAGCUACAAUUUGCCCCCCCCCCCGCAAUAAAACACAUCCGGGCACCCUUGUGGUGUGAUAGCCCCAGUCUGAUUUUUAUCCCCACUUGCAGAACUGCUAUUUAAAACCCCGAACAAUCUCUGCCUAUUAAUAAAGAAAACAUCUGUGCUGGCCUUGAGAAUCAAGCUUACCCUUCAUUGCCUUAGCCCAUCUAAUUGGUUCUGUUUUUUGGUCAAGACAAUGCCAGGUCUGGGGUUGGCUUUUUUUAAGCCCCAAUUGCAAUGUCAGCCUCCACACUCCUACGUUUUUUAUUUCUUCAGUAAAUUUUUCUGCCACCACUCAGAGCAACACUCUCUCAAAGUGGCUUAUAAGCAUACCUAAAAUAAUAUUAGUUUAAUAAUGACAGUAACAAUAACAACAACAACAACAAUAAUAAUCCAGUUAAAAAACUGAAAGGCCAGCAAAACACCUUUUGUAAAACUCAAGAUGGAAACAGAUCAUUUUUAAAGGAUAUUUAAAAGUCACACGGGUGUGGUAUUUUAUGUUCCUUUUGUCUUACUUUUUCUUCUUACUUCUUUGGUUUAUUUUGUGGUUAAGUGUGUGUAUCUUAUUGUUUUGUUUGUUUGUUUGUUUGUUUGUUUGUAAGUAUGCCUAAAUAAAACAUUUAAUUAAAAAAUAAAAAUAAAAGUUAACAAAUGCUUCCUCUGAGAGAUAGUUUCAGAGAUAUGGGGCCACCACGGAAAAGGCCCUGUCUGUAGGCUGGGAAGUGGGGCCUCUGAGGCUUAUCUUAAGGCUUGAGCAGGUUCAUAUGGACUGCUGGGGAAGUUGAUGCUACUCUCUGCCAUCUGCAACUCCAGUUUGGAUGUUUGUUGGUUCAGUCAGGAAGGAAGUGUAGGCACAGUUACACUCCCACCCCAAGCCUGUCCUACCACCAAGCAGCCACCAUAGGCAGUUGGAUGUUUGGAGGAAUUGAGGUUGGCGGAGUGAGAGACAGGCAGCUCGGAUCCAUGGGCCUCUUCAUCUCAGUGCAACUUGCACAGGCAAACUUCCUGCUGGAUUGCAAAUUAAGGGGAGGGUGGGGGCUGUCUUUUCAGUUGCCGUCUUCGAACACCCCAGGUGUGUUGGGUUGGCCCUGACCAUGUGCCUCCAAAAUGUGCAGUGAUUGUCUUUGGCAGAGGAAAGCGGCAACCCACAUAUUCUUCUUGGGAUUUUUCAGUGUUUUUAACCACAUCUAUGCCCCAUAUCCUUUCUGUUCCCAGGCAUUGGGACAGACUACACAAAUUAGAAAGCAUCCUGAGGCCUAGCAGAGAUGACACUUUUUAAAAAUAAAAAAAGAGAUAUCCUGGAUGUAUAUUUUAUACAUUACUGUUAACCACUUUGACCAAAUUCUUUCUUCUUGAUAGCUCUUCUGUUCCUUAGACAGGGGUCUGGGUGCUGGAAGUGUAUUUUGCCAAUCUGUCCCCAUAAAAGUGGCCAGAUUCUGUAACAAAGUUGACACCCUCUAGCAGCAACUGUUUCACAGUUAAGGAGGGCGUGCGCUCCAGCAGAGCAUCACACACAUACACACACACGUGUAUAACAUGCAGAGUCCUAAAAGUGAGCAGUGGUCUGCAAGUGUGGAGAUGGAACUUUGUUCAUGUAGUAACAUUUUCUCUGUCUCUUAUCACUUAAGCAAAAAUUACUUCUUGAAACUACAGGCAAACCACACACCUGGAUUUAUUUAUUUUUAGUCGGCGAACCUUUUAGCUGGCUGUGGCACAGCUCCUAUUCAUUUCAAUGGGGAGUUGGAUUUUAAAGCACCCACCAAUAUUUGACCCAAACUCAACUUCUCUCCUUCUGGAAAUUAAUAAAAGGAAACCAUCUUUCCAAAUACUUACUGUACAUAAUUUUUGUCUGCCAUUUCCUGUACAUAAUCUGUCUUCAUCUUUUUGCAUCGCUUUUAUUUUAUUGUCAAUUAUCUUUUGCUGUUGCUGCCACAUACUGCAACUAGAUGCUGCUAUAACGUAUGGCAUUAAUUUCUCAUUUUCAACUUCUGCAUAACCUUUCAUAUUUAUUAGAGGAGGGGGAAGCAAUGGUCCUAUAUUUACAAAAUACUUGGUUUUUCUUUGUUCAGGUCUUUAGCCUAGGGUUUCCAGCUGGCCCCUGGAAGACACAACGCCCAGCAGCCUGGUCUUGCUCCUCUGCAAUUUAGCAGUCAUGAGAGCUGCAGAAAUAAGCAAGCAAUGCUUUUCACAGCAUAUUACUUGUUGAUAUCUGCAGGAACUAAUAGCACAGGUGCAGGGCAAAUAAAGAAGUUGACAACCCUGGCUUUAUGUGGCCUGUUGCUACACAGUGAUGGGGGAGAAAAGACUAUAAACUCUUCAGGAUGAAAUGGCUAUUCUCUGUCCCCCCCACUUUUGCUUAUGUGACCAUAACAGCGGUUGAAUGGCCUCCUAAAUAGUCAGGAGAUGAAUCCCAAACACAAUCAGCAUUCUUUUUGUAUUGGACAGCUACUCAUUACAAAAGAAAGAAAGAAAGAAAGAACUUUGCAUAAAAAUGUGCAUAUCCUAAUUUAUAUAAAAGGCAAAGGGACCCCUGACCGUUAGGUCCAGUCGCGAAUAACUCUGGGGUUGCGGCGCUCAUCUCGCUUUAUUGGCCGAGGGAGCCGGCAUACAGCUCCCAGGUCAUGUGGCCAGCAUGACUAAGCCGCUUCUGGUGAAACUCCGUUUACCUUCCCGCCGGAGGGGUACCUAUUUAUCUUUGUGCUUUCAAACUGCUAGGUUGGCAGGAGCAGGGACCGAGCAACGGGAGCUCACCCCAUCGCGGGGAUUUGAACCGCCGACCUUCUGAUGGGCAAGCCCUAGGCUCUGUGGUUUAGACCACUAAUUUAUAUACGUAUGUGCAAAUUUGGAAAUAAUGAUGACAAUAGAAAUGAAAAUAUAAUAAAUCUCCCCAUAGUGGGGAAGACUUGUGGGCCUGCUCCGUCUGCUUUCCAGGUGCUGCAGAUGGACAACCUCAAGGCCCUCUCCCUACUCUCUCUUCUAAGGGCUCUUUAUCUUUAACCCACUCAGACCAGAAAGCUGUUCAAGUGGAGGACACCUCCAAAUACAGAGGCAUGUUCUCCGAAAGCUUUUCAAAUAGGGGAUGGUCUUCUGUAAAGUAGGACACAUGAGUCCCCUAUCUAUAUACUCUGGCCUCCUAAACCAGCCCUAACCCCAAAUGUCAGGAGUGAAGGAAUAUCAGGGAUUACUUAUGCAGACCCCUUACUUACCCCAUAGAUGCAUACUGUGCUGUUGCUCUUCCGCUUGGACCCAAAACUGCUUGCACUCUUGAGGAGUGGUGUGUGUGUGUGUGUGUGUGUGUGUGAGAGAGAGAGAGAGAGAGAGAGAGAGAGACUCCUCUUCUGACAUUUCCAGAAAUUCUUCCCUAUGUAUCAACCUAGAGGGCCCCUCAAGGGGGUUAGACUAAAUGACCCUCGGGAUCCCUUCCAACUCUACAGUUCUAUGAUUCCCCCGUGGAUUCCAUGCCUGGCACCAGGUCAGGGCUAGGCAUGACAGGACCCAGAAACUGCUGCUAAUCAGGUCGGACCAAAACCUUUUGCUGAAUGAGGCAAAGCAGCAAAUGGCACACACCCACCCAUAAGCCAAGAUGCAUAUAGGACCCAAGCAGUGGCGGAGCUAGCCGCUCAGGCACCUAGAGUGGGGCAUAUGCCAUGCACCUGGGGGCGGGGUGAUCCGCCCAGGGGGGAUUUUGUCACACACAGCCUGGGGUGACACCCGGGGCAUACUGCCCCCACCGCCCCCCUUCCUACACCCCUGGACCCAAGGCAAACUAUUUUUGCACCUGAGGGAGAAAAUCUCACAGGUGCCUGUUUCUUCCCUCGACAGUAGAAAUACGCGAAUCAAUUAAAUUAAUUAGAACAAAAUAACAAUUUGCUGCCCUUUCAUGAUACCCCAAACCAGCUGCUUGAGAUGGCUGCUUUGCUUUGUCUAAUGGUAGGGCCAGCAGCAGAUUUUGGGGACCAUUCAGGAUGGCAGAGUGGGAGGCAGCUGGUUCUCUUCCAUGGAUCCCAAGUGCCCAAUGUCGCCUGGGAGACCUCCCAUCUCGUUCAUUUCAGAAAAGCUUGAACAGAGAACUUCUGAGUGGAUCAUAGCCAAAUUAAUACAUCUGUAUGCGGAGCAGGGGAGCUCUUUGGAAUUUCUGCCACAGGCAUCAAAGUGUCUUGACCUGGCUCUGCACUGGGCCCUACAUUCGACAAAUGUUUUAUAUCUCAUGACAGAGGAAUGAUCUCUGAAGUUUCCGGCCGAAGAAGCCGUGGGAAUGAGCUGACCCCAUUUCAGUGAUCUGUUUUGUGUGUGUGUUCCUUCCGACAUCUCUGGGCCUAGCUAUUCCUGCGCUGCCCGUCUGCAGCCGUCCGCAAUGCCGCUCGGGAAAGGCUGGAAGAAAAAGGUCGAGGACAUCACCAGCGUCUACGACAUCAAAGAGAAGCUGGGCACGUGAGUGAACCGACAACGGCUAAUGGAAGACCUGUGGGGGGCACUCUGUGCCAUGUGGGUCCUGCCAACCACACCCAGUUGGGAACUGAGGCUUCCUGGCACUCGUCAUUCCUUGAUUUUAAAGCCUCCUUUUGCUUCCCAUAUUCUGAGCUGCCCCUUCUCUGCUGCCACAGCAGACUUCCUUAACCUGGUGCCCUCCAGAACUUUUGGACCACAAAUUCCAUCAGCCCCAGAUGGCAAAGUAACAUCCUCUCUUCCUCCCACCCACCUUAACAUCAUUUUCUCCCUCUGCUCCCAGCCCAAUCCCUGGCCAACUGAUCUGAACCUACAGGGCUUCUCUCAUGGGGAUAAACUUUGGUUUUGCUCUGCCAUUCCUCAAAGCCCUUCUCCUUAACUUCAGUUGACAAAUCAGUACUCAUUUUAAACGUUGUCAACAUAAGCAAAAUUAGCCUUUCCCAUGGGUAGUGGUGCCCUUAGGUAAUUUUAGAUUUCAGACCUCAUGGUCUUAAGGGUGGAGCUAUUAGGAUGGGUAAGGAAUUUUUAAAGGCAGCUCUGCUGUGUUUGGGCUCCCUCCUGUCAUUCUGCUGAGCAGAGCCUUGUAGGGCUGCCCCAAAAUCCUGUCCUGAUGGCACCACUGGGCAGGGAAGGUGAUAGGGGUGGCUGUGUGCUAUGCUAGCAGCUCACACCUUACCUUCCUAGUUCCAAGCCCAAAAUGAUGCCUCCCUCAAUCUGCCACUCUCAACCUGCCCUUCUCUUAGCCCCCUGGUCCUGCCCCAUCUCCUCUACUGCUCCAGCAGUUGGGCACCUGUUCCCCACUGCAGGGUGUCUCUUUCUGCAGAGACACCCCAGGAAUGGCGCAGCCUGAUGCACUUCAUUUGCAUGCUGUCAUCCUAUUGGCUGAACGGGGGGGGGGGGCUCUCACACAUGUCUGACGUGUAUGGGACAAUAAUAGACCAAGAGUCCAGGGAAUCAGAAGUGGGGGAGUGAGAACAGCCACAAAGUUAACUCUUCCCUAGCUGAGUGUACAAAUCUCUCUCCCUCCCCACUUUUGGGGUUUUCAGUGCAGUAGAAUGUGGAGUAGAAUGGGGUAGAAAUAGGUGCCAUUUCAGGAGAGGCAUGUAAUCUGGAACAGGACUCAACUCACCCCCUGCCCACCACUCCACAGAAAACCACUUAUUCUGCCUGAGCAGGGGAAGCCGCAGGCCUGGGUCCACACAGGCAUACUCGCCAGCUGUUUUCGCUGUAGCAUCCAGUGAUUGCGAGGGAACUGGCAUGUUGCUAGAUGUCGGUUUAGAAACCCUUUCGCUGGAGGCAGCUCACACAUUUAUCUAAGGACCAUCAGAUCAUGAAAUGUCAAGCAGUAAACAGAGCUGUGCAAAUCUGUUCCCCAUGUGAUGAAGAAGCAGGAUCCCGCUGUGAGCACUUGCAGUAACUCUCAAAAAGUUAUUCCCCUUGUGCAUUUUGGUAACACUUGGGUCAUUUGCCCUACUAAAAGGAACCCACAUCUGAUUUAACUUACUAGUGAAAUUAUUAACUGUUUUUGCUGUUGUUUCCAGCACCAGUACGAUGCAAGCUGAGGGGUUUUUUUGGACUGGGAACAAGCGAAUGCUAAGGGCUUCCUGUGAGAAAGUGAGAGAGACAAUCUGUGACAUUUAAAAGCUGAUUCGCUAUUUUGCAUCUUUUAGGCUGGAAUCCUGUAACCACUUUCCUGGGAAUAAGUCUCACUGAGCCAACUCAGUGAAACUCACUUCUGGGUAAACAUGCAUAUAGGAUUGUGUUGUCAAGGGCUACUGCAGCUGUUUUGAUUUUCCCACCAUCCCUGGCCAGACCAUAAUGGCUGCCUGCAUCUUUACUGAAAAUAUUAUAGCCAGUGGUGCAGUUAGGUAAAUUUAGACUCUGGAUUUUACGUUUUUAUGAGGAACACCUUUUUAGGGUAAAGUGUGCCACAUGGGAAAACAGCUCUGUGGCAUUGAGGGAGGUGCACGUGUGUGUGUGUGUGCAGACAGGUGGGUUUAUUCUGCCUCUCUCUGAUCCUCCUGCUGCCCUUUUCUGACAGAGGGGCCUUUUCAGAGGUGGUCUUGGCACAGGAGCAUGGAUCCCAACGCCUUGUAGCUCUCAAAUGUAUUCCCAAGAAAGCUCUGCGGGGCAAGGAAGCAGCAGUGGAGAAUGAAAUCGCUGUUCUCAAAAAGUAAGUAACUGUGUGUGUGUGUGUGUGUGUGUGUGUGGAGAUAGAUACCUAGAUAUAUUCAUGUUCCUUCUGGAAUAUAAAAUGCAUCCUCAGAAUCUGCUUUCAUUACUGGGGUUCAACUCUGUUCAACCAAUGGUGAUAAUGUUAGUUUUAUUAUGUGCCUCAAAACAUGUACAGAGAACCUUUCCCUGAGUGACUAAAAUCUAGUCCCUACAGAUCUGGGAUUGGGGAUCUAGGAUCCCCCACUUUUGGGUCAGAGAAUGUGGCUUUCAGUUAGACUUUUAACCACCACCACCCCCAGCAUUUCCUAUGCACUGGGUCUCUUGGUUUUUGAGCAACUGACCACAGGUUCAACAUCUUGCAAUAUUGUUUAUAAAUUGCAUUUAUUUCUUAACUUUCCUCCAAGGAGCUCAGGUUCUUUUCCCCCUCCAUCCCAGGUGGGUUAGGCUGAGAGGCAGUGACUGGCCAAGGUCACCUCGCUCACUUUGUGGCCGAGUGGGGAUUUGAAUUAGGGUCUAGCUUGUCAUGCAAGCUAAAUCUGUUGAAAUUCCCUUUUCUACAGCCAUGUUAAAGAUUCAGGGGAGCCCUUUCCUCUUUGGCAUCUGAGCCACCCUAAUUUGAAUUUGGGUCUCCCCAGUCCAAGUCCAGCUGGUCUCACCACGGCACUCUCAAGCCUUGCAUGUAGACACUUGACUGUAUUAUGUUCUAGACACAAGCCUGUCUCACAGCCAGGGGAGAAGCCAGGGUUUUCUGACUCAUGCCUACUCCUCCAUCUCUUAGUUUCUGUUUAAUCUCACUGGCACUGCAGGAUUCAGCAUGAGAACAUUGUGGCUCUGGAGGACAUUUAUGAGAGCCCCACUCACCUGUACCUGACCAUGCAGCUGUGAGUAGAAGUCCCUUGUGCUAUUCAUUUGGGUCUGGGUCGGGGGUGUCCCCAGAGUGUCUUGGAGAUGGCUAGUCCUUUCUGAAUUGGCUGGGAGUGGCAGGUGUGACACUGGGUUAGGUAGUUCAAGGGCUGAUGGAGAACAUGCAGCUACAGGUAUUUAGUACUGCUGCAGAUGAGAGCUAAGGGGCUACGGCCAGGGCUGAAUGCAGAAGCCGGCCUUUGAAGAGAGACCUGACGACGGGAGAGAGGAAGUGCAGUGUUGGAGGAUCUCGGCCCAUUAGGAACGCUUAAGCCAGGCAUGUCCAAAGUCCAUUUCAGGGGCCUAAUCCGCCCUGCUGGUCAAUUUAAUCUGGCCCCCAUAGCAGUAAUGCAAAAAAUAGCUAAAAAACUUUGGGGUAAAAUCCUUAAAAAAGCUCAACAACAUUGGUCGGCCCUCAUGCAUGUUCACUUCAUCAAAUCUGGCCCUCUUUGAAAAAAGUUUGGGCACCCCUGGCUUAAGUGUCUCAGAAUAUACCAGCUUUGACUCUUGUUUUUGGGGAGGGGCAGGCAAAAUCUGCAAAAGAAACUAUUGCAGAAGGUAAUUUUUGUAGGGGGAAUUAGAUGAUAGAACACCAGGAUCAGGGCUGGCCCAAGACAUUCUGUUGCCUUAUAUAAAAGACAAGACCACUUACGGUAUCUCCCUCCCAAUUCGUGCAUUUCAUGUACGGGAGUUAACUGGACCUGCAGUAUAAUAUCUGGGCACCAUCUGCACUGCACAUUUAAAGCCACAUUGCUACUUUGAGCAGUCAUGGCUUCCCCCAAAGAAUUAUGGGAACGGUAGUUUGUUAAGGGUGCCAAGUGUCUUUAGGAGGCCCCCACCUCCCACACAGAGCUAUCAUUCCCAAUAUGGCUUAACAAUCAAUCCCUCUUCCCAAGAAACUCAGGGAAUUGCAGCUUUGUGAGGGGAACAGGGGCCUCCUGCUUGAAAUGUAGAUGGGGCCUGGAGGUAAGCCACUUGUCUCUGGUUUGCAGCGUGACAGGAGGAGAGCUCUUUGACCGCAUCAUUGAGCGGGGCUACUACACCGAAAAGGAUGCCAGCCAGCUCAUCCGGCAGGUGCUGGAGGCAGUGAACUACCUGCACGAUCUGGGCAUUGUUCAUCGGGAUCUCAAGGUGAGAGCACAGAGGGCCCUGGGAUGGUCUGGGGCAGGAGUGGGGGUGCUAUGCAUGAUGUCAGGUGUGGGGUAGGUGAGCAUGUGGUCUCUUGGGUGCCAGACGAAGACAUUUUAAUCUUCUCAGGCUUUGAAACUGAAUUUUUUUAAUCCACUUAGUUUUAAACCUGUUGUGUAUAGCUAGUGACGUGUAUUUUCUGUGUUGUUUUAUUCUCUGCUGCUGAUUUGUUUUCUGUCCUUUUGCUGUGUUUUGAAGUGUUAUUGUUUGCAACCAGCCCAGAGAGCUUGGCUGUUGGGUGGAAUUCAAGUGCUACUAAUAAAUGAAUAAAGCAGGGAGGGAGGAAAGGCUACAGUCGCUGCUCACACUUCCAUAGGAAUUCAUUUUCACUCCUGGGGGGCCUUCAGAACUUGUGAGCCACCAAGCCGAAUGCAGCACAUGAGCUACAUAGGCCUGCCGGCCAGGUCACAUUCCUCCCCACCAUUUUCUGCACCUGCGGGUGAACUGCAAAAAUGGGAGGUUCAUUGGAGAGCUUGGAUGGACUGCACUCGGCUUGAUAGGCCUGCGCAAGUUGUGCAUUUGGUGGGUUAGAGUAGCAGGUGGUGCGAGGGGCCUCUGUUAUUUCUCAAGCUGAUGGAGAAAGAAGUUGCGUGGGGACAGUCCUUGGUUCACAUGCUAGUUGGGUUUAGUGGCAAAAACCAGACUUUGAUGGGGGAGGUUCAAAUCCCUCCUCACCCAUGAAGCCCACUGGCUGAACUCUUGGUACAACUGCCUCAUGUUUUUGCUUGAGGAAUCUAAUAUUUGUAGAUAGAAUUGUAGAGUUGGAAGGGAUCCCGAGGGUCAUCUAGUCCAACCUCCUGCAAUGCAGGAAUCUCAACUAAAGCAUCCAUGACAGAUGGCCAUCCAACCUCUGCUUGAAAACCUCCAAGGAAGGAGAGCCCGCAAGCUUCUGUUCCACUGUCAAAGAACUUUUGCCAUCAGAAAGUUCUUCCUGGAAUCUCCUUUCCUGUAACUUGAAUCCAUUGGUUUGCAUCCUACCCUCUGGAGCAGGAGAAAGAAGCUUGCAGAUAAUAAUAAUAAUAAUAAUAAUAAUAAUAAUAAUAAUAAUAAUUUGUACCCCACCCAUCUGGCUGGGUUUCCCCAGUCACUCUGGGCGGCUUUCAACAAAGAUUAAAAAUACAUUAAAAUAUCACACAUUAAAAACUUCCCUAAACAGGGCUGCCUUCAGAAGUCUUCUAAAUGUCAGGGAGUUGUUCCACAGGGCGGUCGCCACUACCGAGAAGGCUCUCUGUCUGGUUCCCUGUAGCUUUGCUUCUCGCAAUGAGGGAACCGCCAGAAGGCCCUCGGCGCUGGACCUCAGCAUCCGGGCAGAACAAUGGGGGUGGAGACGCUCCUUCAGGAGGAGCAGGCAAAGAGCCCCUUCAGGGACUGGCUGGCUACAGAGUUCAUGGGGGAUUCAAUAAUGCAGUGCAGCCCAGUGAGCUUGAAGGAAGUGCCUGUCAGCUGAUGAUGGGCACUGACUUCAAGCUAUGGUUUUCUUUUCUGGGUUGGGGCUGGCUAGGGAACUUUGUAGUGAAACUGAUCCCAGCUGGUUUGCUCUCACCAGCUGACUGGUGGUCACAAGAAGCCUCUCUACUCAAUGUACAAUUGGAAGUGCACUUUAAGGCUCCCAGCUGUGCACUGGGAGCCAUGUCUCCAGUUGACCCUCACCUGGCAUCAGAUGUUAUGCCUGGUGUGCAGCCAGCCGCUGGCCAUGGUUUGGGGGGAAAGGGCUCAGGCCAAAGUAGGCCAGUGGGAUGGACAGUCAGCCAUGUUUUACUAUUUUGUUUGUUGCCCUGGGCCCCUUUGAAAGGAAGGUGUGUCUGCCAGUCGCAUCAGUUGGGUUGCUUAAGGGAAAGGAGAAACGGAACUAAUAUGCAGGUAACCCAAUUUUGUGCUACACCCCAAACAGCCUGAAAACCUUCUCUAUGCUACUCCGUUUGAAGAUGCCAAGAUUAUGAUUACAGACUUUGGGCUGUCCAAGAUUGAGGCUGAUGGGAUCAUGUCCACAGCUUGCGGUACCCCUGGCUACGUGGGUGAGUGUGGCACGGGGGAGGUGGGCAUUGUAAGCUGAGUGGGAGCAGUAAGAUGGAGGGUGCCUCUGCAACUAAAAGGGGAAAUUCAUCUGCUUUUAGCCUUUCUUCAUGUAAUUAUGGCAAACUGCAAAAAUGGUCUGGUUGGCUGCUCUUUCUAGGGCAGAUAAUAUACAGAUGGAUGCCUGAAGUAUGGAUGUUGUGGGGUUUGUGGAGGGAUUGAGGUAACAAAGUAUACAUAAGCAAAACACUGUUCCAUUGGCAGAGCUUCCAAAAAUACUGCCCAUGUGUAUAGACAUAAUCUUGAGGUGAAGAAUUCUCUAUGCUAAAAAGAAAAAAAAAUGCCAUGAUAACCUGAAUUCUACAAUCUAUAUAAAAUCAUGUAACCUUUUUUCUGCUGCUACUAUUCACUGAGGAUAUUGCAAGCAACAAUUACAGGGCACGGAGGCUGUACCCAUGACCCCUGGCUAGUGUAGUGUGUGGGGUGCCAGGGGUGCUGUUGCCCCAGCCACACAAUCGGGUGGGGACAUGAACAAGGCUCCCUUUCGCAGAGAUCCCUGUCAUACCCCCCCCAUGCCCCGUCCCUGCCUGGCACAUGAGUGCCUGCCCAGAGGCAGUGGGGGCCAAGGUGCCUUCACCCUCCAUGCCCUGGUCCUACACUUGUCUGCCACGCGUGCGCACGCACCCACCCUAGGCGCUGGCAAACAGUGCUACGCCACUGCCCCGGCAAUCUUACACCCAUGGCUUUUGAAUCUUUGCCAGUCAUUAGGUUUACACUUCCAUGCAUGUUUUUCAUAAGUAUUCAUGCUGCUGCCUUUUAAUUAAUUACCAGACAAAAGCUGAGGUUUCCAGGUGGCAAAUUUGGAGGUGUUUCUGUGCCCCUACAGAAUGUCAGCAUACACACAACCCUGUUUUGUAAUCCCUCAGAUUCUCCCAACUGGAGUGAUUCAGAAGUGGGUGGGUUGGGGGUGACCUAGCUAAGGCCGCUCGCCCUUAAUUGUGCAGGGUCACAGUGCUACAUGAGCACACAGGGGUGAAUUGUGAACAGGUACAGUCGACAACAGAGGCCCAGUAUGACACUUGGCAGCAGGCAGGCAAUGUUCUUGGAUAUUGCCGACAGGGUGAAAAGCUGCUCUGAAUUUCCGGAGAGAUGCCUGGGCUCAGAUCUGGGUGGGGUGGCAGGGAGAGCCCUGCUGUCUGUCACGGAAGGAAGCUCUGCCCCUUAAUUCUAACUGUGUGGAGGUCAGGUUGUAUUUGCUCAGAGAAAAUAAUUCUGUAUGCACUCAGGGGUAACAUUAUUUGUACAAAAGAGGGAGCGUAGUCACAAAUGGGAGGGUUCUACUAAGUUAGAGGAAGCGGGGGCUGCAAGAACAACAGCACCUUUCAAGAAACAUUUUGUGGGAGGGUGGGCCCUGUGUGUGCUGCUACACUAUCAGGCAGGGAUGCACAACCUGCAUCCCUCCAGAUGUUGUUGGACUACACCUCCCAUCAUCCCUGAUCACUGGCUAUGCUGGCUGGGGCUGAAGACAGUUGUAGUCCAGAAACGUCUGGAGGGCUGCAGGUUGUGCCCCCCUGCUAAAAGAGGUGGAACUUAAGAUGGGGCACACAUCAAAGCACCAUGCCCUGCCCUCACUCUUGCCCAUUGUGUCCUCUACAGCCCCUGAAAUCCUGGAGCAGAAACCGUACGGAAAAGCCGUGGACUCCUGGGCGCUUGGUGUCAUCUCCUACAUCUUGUGCGUAUCUUUCUCUGCCUUCUCCCCUGGACAACCUCUUGCAUGUUACCACGGGUAGUGGCCUCUGAGCAGGCCUUUGAUUCAGUGCCUUUUGCUGCUCCCUGCAGGCUCUGCGGUUAUCCCCCUUUCUAUGAUGAGAACGACUCUGAGCUUUUCAACCAGAUCCUGAAAGCUGAGUAUGAGUUUGAUUCUCCAUACUGGGAUGAUAUCUCUGAGUCAGGUGAGUGGAAGCGGGAGGAGGGCGGGGGGGCAUAGGGAGGGCCACCAAUAGAGUCACUACUAAUAUGUAAGCAAAAAAAGAGAGAAAAUACAUCCUCCAAAAAGAGGACAAACACUCAUUUAUGAAAACUGAAAAAUAAUUAGCAUAACUUACAUAGAAACACAACAGAGCCAACCUGCUCAGUCCAGGAAGGUAUUGCCCGAAACCAGAUGUUAAUAACUCAUCUUAUAUUGUUGUGAGGUUUACCAAAAUAAAUCAGUCCCUCAUGUUUUAACUUCAGUCUUUAUGGGAAAUUAGAUACAAGACAGACAGAGGGCCAUCUUGUAGGAUCUCUCUAUGGAGACACCACGGAGAUGUAUCUGAGCUGUUACUUCAAAGCUGCAAGAGUCCUGUGGGUGUUUCAGUCCAGACUAUUUAUAUAUUAUGAGAACACAGCAGCUAGUCAAAAAGCAGCAGCAUAAAUCUAUUGCUAUUAAACUUGGAACCCCCAGGAGGCUUCAAAGAGGGCAGUAAGAAAAUGAGGAGGAGGAAGAUAGCAUUGCAUUGGUGAAGGGGUUUCCAUGCCAAGCAAAAAAGCAAAGCCUCGCCGUGGAUUUUGAGUUCAUUGCAAGGCAGUGGUGGCUGGCAGACCCUGGCCGUGGUGUGACAACUAGGCAGGACCAGUGGACAGCUGCCAGAUGCCACAUGGAACUGUUGAGAAACAUGGAAAACCGAAGGCAGGAAUGAAAUAAUUAUGAAGGAAAAAUAAAAGCGUGAGAAGGGAGUGGAGCAGUAUGAAAAUACUUUAAGCUGAGCUUGAAAUAAUUGCUCUCAGCAGAAAGUCACAGGGGAUGUACUGACUGUGAGUGAAGUAGUCUGAGCACCCCAAACAUUUGCAGCUGCACGUGGUUUUGAAAGCGGGAUUUACUGUGACCCUACCUGCCCGUAGCCUUAUGAGCACAGGUGAUCAUGAAUACACAAUAAAAAGGGCAGCUGGAGGUGUCUAUAGAAUAGUGAUCUACAUAAAGUAAAUGUCUCAGUGGAUAACUCUUUUAGAGGAAGGCUUUCCACUUCAGGCAAGAUCGUAGACCGUGAAAACCAUCUUACUUUGGCCAGCCUUCCUCUGCAUCCAGUUUAGGGAGCGUGAUAAUUUUUACUUCAGCGAGUUUAUUUUGUUAGAAACUUAUUAGGAGACCCCAAAUGGAAGAAUUUUGUUGAUUAGAGAGACAUUGGAUAGGAAACAGUAUACAUUUGCCUCACUGUAUGCCCCAAAUAGUAAACAAAAACAAUUCAUAAUCAAAAUGCUUAAGAAAUUGAUUAAGUUUUCAAAAGUGGAGGUAAUGUUGGCCAGAAGCCUAAAUUGAAGUUUAUUACAGUGGUACCUCGGAUUACAUACGCUUCAGGUUACAUACGCUUCAGGUUACAGACUCUGCUAACCCAGAAAUAGUGCUUCAGGUUAAGAACUUUGCUUCAGGAUGAGAACAGAAAUCGUGCUCUGGUGGCGCGGCGGCAGCAGGAGGCCCCAUUAGCUAAAGUGGUACUUCAGGUUAAGAACAGUUUCAGGUUAAGUAUGGCCCUCCGGAACGAAUUAAGUACUUAACCCGAGGUACCACUGUAUAUGGUUAGAACAAAUAAAAAUAGAAAUAUUGUAAACAAAUGAAACACUGAACCCCCCCCCCCCAAUUACAGUAAAAUAACUUGUUGGAGAAAAAGACGUGGGUGGAAUCUUUCUUCCUUAAGUGGUGGAUUUCUGUGUGGAGUGAGAGGUUUGUAUGGAAGAGUAUUACAAUAACUGUCUGAGGUGGUAAAAAUGCAGAUGCAGAGCUACUAUGUCACGGAGAACCAGGGCUCCAUCUUAACAGUAGGCUUUUCAGAUAACUGGCAAUUGUUGUCCAUUGCCAACAACAAAAGGGAACAGCAUCACUCUUGCUCCCUGCACUUUUCCUCAGCCUACCACAUUAACCGACAAAAUGGUGGUUCAGCAACCAAGAAAGCGAGUGCAGCCAUGCCAAGGGCAUGUGCCCCUUGGGUUGCCAGGGCGACACUUCAGGCAAUAAGCUUUUGAUUGAAUCGUGAGGCUUGCCCCUUUGUUUCCACACAGCCAAAGAUUUUAUCCGACACCUUCUAGAACGGGACACUGAGAAGCGAUUCACCUGUGAACAGGCCCUGCAGCACCCCUGGUAAGUCCCACCUGAGGGGGGGUCUGCAAAGGUCUUGGUGGGAAGGGGAAGGAAAUAAUUUUGCCCACUGCUGGCAUUUCUGUUGGUCCCAGAACAUUGUGUGGUGAAGAAGAGUUUGGGAGAUAAGACAAAGAUACAUACAUAAUACUGCAUUAGAACAAUACGGUGUUUUGUUUCAUGAGCCAAGCUGCCCCCAUUUUUGGUGUUCCCAUAUUAUCAGCAAUGGCCCUUUAGUGUGUUGUGUUUGUGUAACACUCUCUCUCUCUCUCUCUCUCUCUCUCUCUCUCACACACACACACACACACACACACACACCCUUUGGGAAAGCGAAAGAUGGUGUGGAGAGCAGCAGUGAGGAGGGGGGACUCUAACCCUUCCAUGAUUGCUCUUUCUUCUCCCUAAAUUCUCCGUUCUCGUGGCUUUUCUGCCAAUGGACUAAAAAUGCAUUUUGGGCUGGGGAGGGGCCAGCUGGUAAGGGAAUAUGAAGUGAAGAGCAGCGGGAAGAAGGUUAAGCACUUCCUCGUCCACUCAGAAUGUUUCUUACCAAGCUUUGCUUUUCUUCAAAACAGUGGUGAGGCUCCACUAGAUCAAUUUGAUUGUAACAGGAAGGAAAACAAUAGAUCACACUUCUGCCGGGUUCUGCCCAACUUUUGGGGGCCGGGCGCAUAUAUGACAUCACGUGGCAGAGGAGGCUCACCGGCGCCUGUUGCCUCACGAUAAAUCCUACUUUUCUGCUCUGCUCCAUCUCUUUCACAGUUUAUAUGUGUACACUACCACGUUAAACCAUAGACACCAGGGCACCAAGAUUUCCACACAUGCGAAUAUGAAGUGGCCAGAAAGUGAGCUGUGCAUCAGUUGAGCUAGACCAGUCCCAGACCAUUGAUGACACCAAGGCAAAAUAAUCUAACAAAAGAUAAUUACCCUGUCUGUUAUGUAUUUCAGGAUCUCUGGGGACACGGCUUUGGAGAAAGAUAUUCAUGGCUCUGUGUGUGAGCAGAUCCAGAAAAACUUUGCUCGCAGUCAAUGGAAGGUAAAGAGGAAUGUUUAACUUUAACCCAAUUUGGAGAAGGGUUUGCACUCUUUCUGCAGUGCUUAAUUUAAAGGAAGUGGUUCUAGGGUCCCUGCAAACCUCUGCUCCACACCUGAUAACAGGUGUAGGAUGUGGUUUUUGUGACAUGGCCAGAAUGAACUUGCGGACCUCAUUAAAAGCAUGACCUGCAAUAAUAAUAAUAAUAAUAAUAAUAAUAAUAAUAAUAAUAAUAUUUUUUAUAACAGAAUAAAACUUCAAACAUUAAAAACUUCCCUAUACAGGGCUGCCUUCAGAUGUCUUCUAAAAGUUGUAUAGUUAUUUAUCUCCUUGGCAUCUGACGGGAGGGCUUUCCACAGAGCGGGCCCCACUACCAAGUUUCCCACCACUGCAGAAAAGUUCCCCCUGCUAAUUUCUGCAGACCAAGCUGCUGCUUCAGGCCGGGCAGUUUUCUGUUAAGCUGGCAACCUUUUUCACACUUCCCUUCUUACAGCGAGCAUUCAAUGCCACAUCCUUCUUGCGCCACAUCACCAAGCACGGACCUGGUGCGGAGGGCGAGGAAAUUGGAGAGGCCACUUCUGGAGCGCAUCAUGGGAAAUGGUGACCAGAGAGGUGUGUGUGAUAGAAGAGCAUUUUGCCAGCUGGGGGCUGCUGGGGGCUGGGAGAGCAGAACUCUCACUUCUUUCUGCUCACUGCCCUGUACUCCUUACCAGUCGCUGGAUAUGCAGAAAUUAAGCAAAGGCGGCUUCUCUUAGCAUGGAAGCUAAGCAAGUGAGGCCUUUCCUUUUAUUUCUGCUUGUCAGUGUUAUUUUAAAAGCACCGGGGCAGGAAUGUAAUCAGAAGCUAUGCAGUUGUGGGAAGGGACUAAGCCUGAGAGCCAUACUCACAAGACCACCCUUGCCGCUCUCUGCCCGCUUGGCCUGCGUUUUGCAACGGAGCGUCAGGGGAGGAUGAGUCGAAGGGCAUCAUGCAGAAUGGGGUGGACUCUCCUUCCUCGGUGGUUUUUAACGUGAUGGCCAACUGUCAGGGCUUCUUUAGCUGCCAUUCCUGCAUUGCAGGGGUUUGGACUAGAUGACCCUCGUGGUCCCUCCCAACUCUACAAUUCUGUGAAAAACUCCAGCCUUUCUCAACCUUGGGUCCCCAGAUGUUUUUGGCCUACAUCUCCCAUCAUCCCUGACCCCUGGUCCUGUGAGCUAGGGAUCAUGGGAGUUGUAGACCAGAAACAUCUGGGGACCCAAGGUUGAGAACCACUGUAAGGGGUACAUUGCCCCCAUAGGUAGAUUUUUCUGCUUCCUGCUCAUUGGUUUUGUGGCAUGAUUAGAGCCCGGGAGGGGGAAAUGAGGUGGGGGAAUGGCCGUGGCAGUGAUGCGCAGGAGGGAUCCACUAGGGCACGGCUAACUCAGCUGAAUUGUGCACAGAGAGCGAGAGCGAGAGAGAGUGAUUUGGUUCACUCUACGGGCUGCUCUCUGAGAGUGACUGCUCCUAGGCACUGCUAGCAACCCAGCCUAGUCCUGGCUGCCAUGUUUCAUUAUUGCAAGCACAGUGCACAAGGAAACCUAGUAGCCGGGACUAAGGCAUGGGCAGCAUACAGAAAUAGGCUGCAGGGCAAAUAGCAAUGGGAAGGAGGGGAAGUCUCAGUGGGUGCAAGAAGGUCUUAUCCAGGACCAGGGCUCCAGAAGAUGGGGCUGCUUUGUCCUGGGAGUCCUGGAAGGGCGGGGACUUCUUAUCACAGAAAUGGCCUGUCUUUAACCCAUUUCUUGCCACCCGCAGGUGCCUGGAGAGCCUGGGCCGCUGCCCUUUGCAUGAGCUACCCUCCUGCAUGCGGCUUCACAGCCAUGACGCUGCGCCAGUACCCUCACCCAAGAGGUGGGCGUGCCCUUUCAUUUCCUGCUCCCCCUUCUGGGGACAUCUCUGCCCUGAGGGGCCCAGGAGUCACGUCAAGUCAGCCACUGUCCAGCCUGCUUUUAGCAGGGUUUGAAGUUGCCCUGCUGCCUGGGACCAAAGCCCGCCUCGCCCUUAAGGCUGGUGAAGCCCUCACAACCCUGCUGUGUUACUCACCACACUUCCUUCCAUGUUGGCUGUAGAGCCCAGCGAGAGCCCUGGAUGGCUUUGGGCGGUGGAGAGGUUGCUGUGUUGGUGGAGGGGCUGAAAAAGACACCCUUCCCCAUAACCCAUUGGGGGGAUUCCAAGAUGGAUUUGAGACUCUUUCUCCUCCCCGUGAGAGUAACAACAUGGUAGCUGCCAAGCAGAGAAGAUCCAGUGGAGCAGAAGGACCACACAGUAGCUGUGUGGGAAUAGUGGAACGGGAAAUCGUAAAAAAGCAGCCGCCAGGAAUCCUGAGACAGGGAGGUGCCAUUUGAUAGACAUUGGGGAGACCUCGGGAGUUGGGCUCCAGACGGUGAAGACAGAUGUAACAUUUAAAAGACGGAUGCUGGUGUUUUGUAGCAGCCUCACUGUCUCCAAACUAACUUAUACUUUUCUGUCACAGGGUGCACAUUUUGGGGUGGGGAUUCUGUAGGGUUUUUCUUAGCAUGGUUCAGUUUGAACCAGGGAGAAGUCAGCUGUGAUGAGCACCAAUUUGCAAGUACCCAGAAUAUCUCCAACUUACACCUCCACAUUCCGAAGCAGUUUUGUAGCCAUUUAAAAACAAACAAACGUUGAGGUUGUGUUUCCUUUUUUUAAGAUGAAGGAAGGACACAUCUAAGCCUCAGCACAUGGGCAGUGCUGCCACAAGUAACAAAACCGUAAGAGGCAAACAGGUCUGCUUCAUGUACAAGGCAUGGGGCAAGGAUGUGGGGCUGACACAUUGCCUUGCAGUAGGAAGCCACUGGCCAAUCCAGCAUUUGACUUGUUGGCACGUCUGCAGCAUGAGUUGCUAAGCUGGCGCUGCCCUGUGGGGCAAGAGCCUGCUCUGAGAAUGCUACGUCUGUCUUUACCUCUUGCUGAUUAGUGUUUUGUUUUUCAGUUGGGCCAGUUAGACAAGGUGUUGGUAGAUUCUAGGGAAAGAGAGAGUCAGCUGGGACCAGCCAGGAGCAGCCAAGGCCUCCUGGAUUCAUCAGGUGCUCUGCUUUAUGUUCACAGAUCUGUCGCUACUUGCCCCUCUCCCCAGGGAAGAACUGGGCUCCCUAGGACAGUUGCAGCACCCAGUCCGAAAUAAAGUUGCUUCUUUGGGUGCAGCUCAGGGAUGCCCCACACGGCGGGGGGAUGGGCUAUCCCCUAAUGUUCCCCAAAAGAUAUUGGUGGGGAAAGCAAGGGGGUCAGCAAGGUCAGUUGCCCUCCUCCUCUAUUCCACACCCCCUACCACCUGCCCUUGUAUUCCUGUCAGACUGAACAUUUGCUUUGCCGUGUUGCUCAGAGCUGGAGAUUGUUCUUGUGGUUCUUGUGGGGACUGGUGGGGGGUUGUUUCCGUCAUGCUUCCCCUCCCCACACGUGUCAAUAAAUGAAAACUGUAACACCGUACGG